AUUCACAGAUGAACUAUGAUGUUCGGCGUGACGGAGGAAGUCACGUGUGUGUAUAAGUGAAGGAAAUUGUUUCAGCCGCUGCUGCUCCCCUCAGUGGAAAAUAUUAGACGAACCCGGCACAUCUCCGAGCCACAGUAUCGCCCUUAUUAAACUGACAUGAAAUGCACCGACGAUUCAGUUUGGAUAAUCGGCCAGUAGCUGACAUAGAGACACGAUGCUUGAUCAGAUUAUUGUAAACAUUUACACACGUACACAGCUAGCAGGUUAGCUGGCGUCUAUUGGGACUGCCAGUGGACGAAAAGCGAGCUGCUUCAUUUCCUCCUUUCUCGGAUCGGGAACAAAUCCAGCGCUGUGGUGUCGGGAAGCUCGUAUGUUUUGGUGAACAUGGAGCUGUUUCAAGCUAAAGAUCAUUAUAUUCUCCAGAGCGGAGAUAACGCGCUGUGGUGCAGCAGGAAGGAUGGAUCUGUGGCCGUGAGACCGGCAACUGACCUGCUGCUAGCAUGGAACCCUGUCUGUCUGGGCCUUGUAGAAGGUGUUAUUGGGAAAAUACAGCUUCAUGCCGAUCUUCCUCUGGGCCUGAUUCUGAUUCGCCAGAAGGCACUGGUGGGCCAGUUGCCAGGAGACAACAAAGUCUACAAGAUCACUAAGAUUGUAGUCAUUCCACUCUCAGAGGAUGAACCACAGGAUCUGGAAUUAGAGCUCUGUAAAAAGCAUCAUUUUGGAAUCAACAAACCAGAGAAAAUCACCCAGUCACCGGAUGAGUCCAAGUUCCUGUUGAAGACCCUGAGUCAGAUCAAAUCUAAUGUUGCUGUUCCCAUUAAGAAAAAGGUCAAAGAGAAUAAAGAGAAGGAACGUCUGGAGAGGCGGCUGCUUGAUGAGCUCUAUAAGAUAUUCAUGGACUCGGAUUCAUUUUACUAUAGUCUGACCUAUGACCUCACCAAUACAGUCCAGCGACAGGGAGAGUUAGUCAAGUCAGAUCAGCCCUUGUGGAAAAAGGUGGAUGAUAGAUUCUUCUGGAACAAGCACAUGAUCAAAGACCUCAUUGACUUACAGGUGCCUGAAGUGGACAUUUGGGUGAUUCCUAUCAUCCAAGGCUUCGUGCAGGUGGAGGAGCUGGUGGUGAACUAUAACGAGAGCUCUGAUGAAGAGAGGAGCAGCCCAGAGACACCUCUGCAGGAGUCCACCUGUGUGGAUGAUAUUUACCCUCGAUUCACCGUGGCCCUCAUCUCCAGACGAAGCCGUCACCGUGCAGGAAUGCGUUACAAGCGGAGAGGGGUGGAUACUGAUGGACACGUGGCCAACUAUGUGGAGACAGAGCAGCUAAUCCAUGUGCACAGUCACACGCUGUCCUUUGUACAAACCCGAGGCUCUGUCCCUGUGUUUUGGAGCCAAGCUGGGUAUCGCUACAACCCCAGACCUCGGAUAGAGAAAGGCGAGAGGGAAACGAUGCCUUAUUUUGCUUCUCACUUUGGACAGCAAGUUCAGAUUUACAAAAAACUGGUGAUUAUUAAUUUAGUGGACCAAAAUGGGCGUGAGAAGAUGAUUGGUGAUGCAUACCUCAAACAAGUGCUGCUGUACAAUAAUCCCAACCUGACAUACGUUUCAUUCGACUUCCAUGAGCACUGUCGAGGGAUGAAGUUUGAGAAUGUGCAGACGCUCACUGAUGCCAUCUCUGACAUUAUCACAGACAUGAGAUGGGCCUGGGUGGACCAAGCAGGAGUCAUCUGUCAACAGGAAGGCAUCUUCCGGGUUAACUGCAUGGAUUGUUUGGACAGGACUAAUGUGGUACAGGCAGCUAUCGCCCGCGUGGUCAUGGAACAGCAGCUGAAAAAACUUGGUGUAAUGCCACCCGAGCAGCCACUGCCCCUCAAGUGUUACAGGAUCUAUCAGAUGAUGUGGGCAAACAAUGGAGACACCAUUAGCCGUCAGUAUGCUGGCACAGCUGCUCUAAAGGGAGAUUUCACACGAACAGGAGAGCGAAAGUUAGCGGGGGUGAUGAAGGAUGGUGUGAACUCAGCUAAUCGGUACUAUCUGAACCGCUUCAGAGAUGCCUACCGACAGGCCGUCAUUGACCUCAUGAUGGGCCUUCCAGUAACAGAAGACCUAUACUCCAUCUUCAGCAAAGAGAAAGAGCAGGAGGAGAAAGAGAGGGAGAGCCAAAGAGGAGCUCAGGAGCAGGUCAGCCUCCUGCUGCAGACAUACAUGCAGCUGCUGCUGCCUGAUGAUGAGAAGUUUCAUGGUGGAUGGGCACUUAUCGACUGUGAUCCAAGUCUUAUAGACGCCACUCACAAAGAUGUUGAUGUUCUUCUGCUGUUGUCCAACUCUGCGUAUUAUGUGGCCUACUAUGAUGAGGAGGCGGACAAAGUCAACCAGUAUCAGAGACUAAGUUUAGAAGGACUUGAAAAGAUUGAAAUUGGUCCAGAACCGACUCUUUUCGGAAAGCCUAAAUACUGCUGCAUGCGGCUGCACUAUAAGAACGGGGAGAUAAGUGGUUACUUCCAUACACUGAGGGCUGUCACACGAAAUCCAGAAGAUGAUGGAAAAGACACACUCCAGUGCAUUGCGGAAAUGCUUCGUAUUACAAAGCAAGCCAUGGGGCUUGACGUCCAGGUUGUUGAGAAGAAACUAGAGAGGAAACACAGCAAACCGCAUGAGGAUAUAAUGGGAAUACAAGGGAAAGCCGUGGACCAAGUCCUUGGGUCUGGUUUGGCUCAAGGCAAAAGUUUCAUUUUGAACAAGUUUUCAACACUAAACCAGAAAGUGAAGCAGACAAAGACAAACGUCAACAUCGGAAACUUCAAGCCCUUGGGGAAACUAGGGACCUUCUCAAAGCCUGAGGUAAAAGUGAAUUUCCUCAAGCCAAAUUUGCAUGUGAACCUCUGGAAAUCAGAUAGCAGUUUAGAGACUCAUGAUGGCAAUACGGGUUCAGCAGCCCUGAAGGACCUUAAUGACGUACAUUCAGAGGAGAUUUCCUCUGAUUCAGAUUCAUACCACUCUGACGAACAGCCUUGCUCAGGCUCUCGGGAAAACGUGGACUAUGUGCUUCCUAGCUGUGGAAUUGUAGCAUCUGCACCACGACUUGGCAGUCGCUCGCAGUCGAUUGGCAGCGUCGAGCUUGCAGUGCCCUCUGUCAUCCGAGUCACAGGCUGUGAUGACAAGAUGGCAGAUAGCUUAUCAAUUGGCCCAGAUGACCAGUCUCCUGGGUCUGCCUCUGUGGCAGAGGAAGCCAUUCUGAUUGACUUCGGGACACCUAUUGAUGCUUACUGCCACCAAUUUGUCCAUGAUGCCAAGAUCAAACCAAUAGAGGUGUUCGAGGAAGUGGCUCCAGCACCCAAGCCGCAAGCGCCUCAAGCCCCCUCAGCUCCAGACGCAAAGCUGGGGUCUUCUCAUUCCCAACAGCAGCUUCCUCGCCCAUCCCAGCUUGAGGUAGAGUCCACCAUCCAUGAGGCAAAUCUUCUAACUGUUCAGCCUGCAGGCUCCACCACAUCAUGCGGGUCACAAAAGAGCCUGGAAGGUCUCACAGGACCCUCCCCUGCAGACAACAAUGGAAGCCGGGUCGUGUCGCCCUUCGCGAAGAUCAGGAGCUCCAUGGUGCAGGUGGCUAGUUUAACCCAAGCUGGAUUUACCCAAGGCAUCAACUUUGCUGUAGCAAAAGUACAGAAAAGCCCAGAACCAGACGCCGUCAACGAAACCCAAGAGAACGAAUUGCGAGCGAUGUUUACACAGUGCCAGACCAGGAUCAUUCAGAUAUAGCGUGCUUAGCGGAUGUAUUUUUAGUGUUAGAUCGUGACUUCCAGUACAGUAACGGUAGCAUAAGCUCACAAAUGUCAAGCCACACUCCUGUUGUUCCCUCCAGUUAAUCAAACCAAAGUUUACAGCCAGUGUUGAGUAGUAAGUAGUGCGAUUAACUCGACCAAGUCGAAUCCUAAACAUCUCUAGAUAGGCUGGUUUGCAUGUUAAGAAGUAACUCUGAGGUAGAUUAGGACAGGCAAGUUUUAUAGCAUGUCGAGAGCUAAGACCUAGAUACGUCACGUGACCCCAUUUGUGCAGUGAAAUUCACUGGCUGUCGUAGCUGUAACCUUUCCCGAUUGGAAUAUCUAUCAGUGGGCGGCUUAAUAUUUCACGUACAGUUAUAUGGAUAUCUUUGACGUGGUGUUUAUUAUAAAACUAUACCAAAAUAGGACCAGAGUAGUUGUGUAGGAUCUAUGGUCAAAUUAUAUUAUUCAACUGUAAAAAUUAUUUGUAAGUACUGUAGCAGUUUCCUUUAGAACUCUUCAAUUAAGAUGUUUAUAUACAGAGAAUUAUAUUUACAUGCUCUUCAUAGAUGAUGGAAACAAGUGGCCUCUGUUGAUCCAAUCAUGCAACUAAAUUGUCAAACAAAACGUUCAUUUCAUAGCAUUAGCAGAUGACUCAAACAACUAUUUACUGUUGCAAGUUUAUUUUGAGAAAGGCCUAUGUCUUUAAAUUGUACAACUAUGUCUUAUUUUCCAGUCUGCUGGUAUCUUAAAAUGCUAUGCGCCACAUUGUUGGACAUUCAUAUCAUAUGCAGAUAUUACUGGUUUUGAGUACCUGUAAAGACCUCAAAUUAAUUAUUUGCAAUUGCUGGACCUCCGUAUGCAUAUAUAGUGACUUUUGACUGGUAUUUGACACAGGUCUGAUGCAAGAUACCCAGUAUAAUCAACGUUUUGCACUCAUUAAAUGGCAAGAGCAAGCCUUAUUAAAUUGCUAAAUACAGGCUUUUGACAAGUAUACCUAUAAUUCUGUUUUCAUUCAGGUUACAUUUAUUUCUGUCACUGUCUAUGCCAUGUCUUUAGAUUCACUUUGGCUUGUAGGUCAUUUGAGAUAAAAAUUGAGAAGUUAUUAGAUCAUCUUUUAAAGCCUUACCCCCAUAAAUUCUACAUAAAAAAAAAGCAGCAUUUCUGUGUGAAAUACCCAGUGGAUCUUAGUUUAAUUAUGCAUUAAUUAAUGUUGUUUAAGUGCAAGAUUCUGUGGGAUUGAUCUUUGUGUAUCAAGAGACGCUGAAAUAUUUAAAUAUUUUAUGAGCUAAAUCAUUUCAAAAGGUCUGAAAGAGACAAUGUGAUCUCAUGUGAACAUCAAUGAGAACAUUAUAUUGGCUUUUAGAGCUGGUUUAUCGGUUCUUUGGGGCACAGUUAGCUUUCCAAACCCACCAUGAGCUUCGUUUCUCACACGUCAUUUCUCACAUGUACUGUAGCAUAGAGUGCUCUGCAAGGCAGCGGGUUACACUUUGUUCUUGACAUUCCUGGAGCUGGUACGUGGUUUUGAUAAGCUUCCGAGAUUGGAACGGUCUUGAGUUUUAAUAUAUGAUGGCUGUUAUGCAACUAUGAUAAAUACAUGCGCAGUAGGUUUGGUGGUAAGCUGACUUUUUUUUACUAUUAUUUAAGAUGGCAUGCACUGGACUGCACUCUGUUCUUUGCUUUGAACUUGAAAUGUUCUUCUUUGGCAGAGGUUUAUGCUGAGGAUCUUGACAAACAUUUCUCUUGUUUUUGGAGGUGGGGUAGAUUGUUUUUGGUUAUGUAUGAAUUUUUUAUUUUCUGUGCAUAAAGACUUGCGCUGUCCUUUGUGGUUGUUCCCUGAACAUCUUGCAAUUUGUUGCAAUUUGUCACAAAGUGCUUUUGAAUCCUUUUUAUUUUCAGUGUUUGUAACUGAACUGACAUGUCUCGAAUAACAUUUCUUCUAACAGUCCUGUUUGUAAAUCAUGAUCAGCUUCUUCCCAUAAAUGUUAGUGGGUUUUCAUCCAUCGUACCCAACAUUUUAUUGCAGAGUAUUUAUUCAAAAGUCAUGUUCUCAAGCUUAUAUCCCAGUAUUUUCCUAUGUUAAUAAUAAUAAUAAUGUAAACUGCUGUAUUUUAUGUAAUGUUAUGGGAUGUGCCUGGGAGGAUUUUUAAGUAAAUAUUUAAACAAAGAA